AUGUCGAAUUCCUACCAAGCUCAAAUACUUUUUGUCUCGGACUUUCCUAGAAUCCCUGCCGAGUCCCCGUAUCUUCAAUCACUUUUAAAGACAUAUGUUCAAACCCAAUCAAAGUCCUGUGUACGAACCAAAAGACGCAAGAACUCGGAUGGCAACAGACUUCGAAACAGCAAAAGCAGGAGGGGCAUCAAUGGCUUCAUGGCUUUCAGAUCAUAUUAUUCACGGAGAGUUUCGAAUUAUCAUGCCCAGAAACUGCUUUCGAGAGCCCUCGCAAAGGCCUGGAUCUUUGAAAAGAACCAGGACAUAUGGUCAAGAUAUGCUAUCGAAUACAAUCAUUCUCACAGUGAAACAUCAUUUUCCGAAUGGCUUCAAAAUAUUUUGAUGUCCGAAGAAUCCUUGUCUUCUUGUGAUAAGGAUGGCGGUCGAUCUUGGUCCGAAGUGACGACAAUGUCCGACAUUGUAGUUGAAGACGUUUUUGACACAAUGACCUAA